AUGGCUGAAUCACUCCUCCUCAGCAUUGCAGAGGGUGUGCUGGGGAAGAUAGCAUCGCCGGCGCUCCAAAAAGCCAUCGCAAUUUACAGCAUUAAAGAUCAGAUACGCGAGCUUAACGGCACAUUGACUGAAAUUACAGCCGUGUUGCUAGAUGCUGAAAAGCAACGGGCGAAGAACCGCUGCCUGCAACUGUGGCUAGAUGGGCUUCAAGAGGUGUUGUAUGAUGCAGAGGAUGUGCUCGAUGAAAUCGAGUGCGAAGCCUUACGGAAGCGGGUGAUCAAUCGGUAUGGGGGCAUCAAAGGGAAGGUACACAACUUCUUUUCCCUCUCUAAUCCCAUGAUACUCCGUGCAAAAAUUAGUAAGAAGAUCAAGGAGAUUAGGAAAGCAUUAUCCAAAAUUUCCAUAGAAAAGGAACAAUUUGGGCUUACUGAGGGGAGUGUUGAGACUGGUGUGCCGCACAUACGAUCACGAGAGGCGCCCUACUCAUUCUUAAACAAGUGGGAUGUCGUCGGAAGAGGUCCUGAUAAACAAAAGAUAAUUGAGAUACUAAUGCAGUCAAAUGAUAACCUAUCAGUGAUUCCUAUUGUCGGAAUGGGAGGUUUGGGCAAGACGACCCUAGCUAAAUUAGUUUACAACGACGACAUUGUGAAAGAGCAAUUUGAGUUGCUAUUAUGGCUGUGUGUACCCGAGGAUUUUGAUCUGAAGACAAUCAUGGAAGGAAUCAUCAAAAGUGCAACUAGUCAAAGCUUGAGUAACUUUGAUAUUGAACAACUGCAAACCAUUCUGCGAAACACCAUCAAAAACAAAAAAUAUUUACUUGUUUUGGAUGAUGUGUGGAGCAACGGCCGCACUUGCUGGAAACAAUUGAAGGAUUUGCUAAUCGAGGGAGCUAAGGAAAGCAAGAUAAUUGUGACAACACGCCUUCCAGAAGUUGCGUCUACCAUGGGCACCAUUCAAGCGCAUAAACUAGAGGGUCUUCCUCAUGAAGACGCUAUGGCCUUGUUCGAACAAUGGGCAUUCGACGAAAAGGAACCACGUCCGGACCUCCUUGCUAUUGGAAAGGACAUUGUCAACAAAUCACGAGGAGUUCCUCUUCUUGUGAAAACUUUGGGGAGUCUACUGUAUGCUAGGGAGGAAAAACAGUAUUGGGAACAUAUAAGAGAUAGUGAUACAUGGCAAUUCGUGGAAGCUGAAAAUGACAUUAUGCCAGUACUUCAGCUUAGCUACGAUCAUCUACCGUUGCACUUGAAACGUUGUUUUGCCACAUUUUCACUUUUUCCCAAAGGAUGUGUCAUUGCUAGCGACAAUUUAACUAGGCUAUGGAUGGCUUUAGGACUCAUUAGUUCCACAAAGGAAAAUUUGGAAGACGUUGGUGUUAAGUGCGUCAAAGAUUUGUGGAAGAGAUCCUUACUCCACUUAGUUGAGGAGUCCGAAUCAAGGUCAUUUUUUAAAGUGCACGAUCUGAUCCAUUCUCUUGCAAUGAGCGUGGCACAAAAUAAUUGCUCUACCGUUGACUUAGAUACUGCAGAGAUUUCAGACAGAGUUCGAUUUGUUUCGUUCUCUAGUACUUCAUCAGAGAGAAUCUCAAAUUGCGAUGGAGCCCCGCCUUUUCUGAAAAAGCUAACUUUAAAGAGGCUGCAUGCAAUUAGACGCAGUAGAUUUCCACCCGGCGAAGAUGAUCAAGAUAUUACUAAAGAGUAUGUUAAAACAUGCAUCACAAAGUGUAGCCGCUUACGGUAUCUGGAUUUGUCAUGUGGUAGUUUUGAGGAGCUGCCAAGUUCCAUAUGCAGCUUGAAGCAACUAAGAUCGUUACUUCUCCGUGAGAACAAGCGACUGAAGAAGCUUCCAGAUUCUAUUUGUGAGCUACAAAGUUUGUUACAAUUAUCUCUCCAUGGUUGCUCGGAGCUAGAAGUGUUACCCAAGCAUAUGGAAAGGCUCAUCAAUCUUAGAUUUCUAAGCAUAACAACAAAGCUGGAGAGUUUGCAAGAGAGUGGAAUUCAAUACCUACAAAAUCUGCAAUUUUUGGGAAUCUAUAUGUGCCCAAAUCUCCAAGUUUUGUUUAAAGGCACUUGCCGACUGACUCGCCUACGGGAGUUGGAAAUUGGAAAUUGUGGGAGACCAAUAUCUCUGCCUUUUGGGGAACUAACCGCCCUAGAGUCCUUGGCAAUUGAUAAUUGCAAGCUCACGCUGAUCCAGGAGAAUAAGUCCAACGUUUCUUUGAAACUUCGGAAGCUGGUAAUAUCAAGGUUCCAACAAGUGAUGGAGCUGCUCCAAUGCCUCAACAAAGAUGCUUUCAAUUUGGAGUCCUUUGCUAUCUAUGAGUGCCCGAACUUGAUGGCUAUACCCGAAUGGCUGUCCAAUCAUACUCAUCUCAAAUUAAUUCGUUUGAUCCGAUGUCCCAACUUAUGCUACAUGCCGCUAGCAAACAAGUCCCUCAAAGAAUUGCGCAUCGAACACUGUGGUGAACUGAGCAACAGAUGUGAAUUUAGACGUGGUGAGGAUUGGCACAAAAUUGCUCAUGUUCCUCGAGUCCAAAUUGAUUUGAGAAAUGUGCAAUGGACGGAUGAUUAG